CGCGCCCCGGCGCUUCCCUUUGUCCGCGGGCCCAGCGAGCGGCGGAGGCGGCGGAGGCGGCGUCCCGGCGGCCGGAGGGAGCCCGCGCGGCGGCUGAGGCGGCGGCUCCCCCGCGGCUGGCCGCGCGCGCGCUGCGGCGAUGCCGGACCAGAUCUCCGUGUCGGAAUUCGUGGCCGAGACCCAUGAGGACUACAAGGCGCCCACGGCCUCGAGCUUCACCACGCGCACGACGCAGUGCCGGAACACGGUGGCGGCCAUCGAGGAGGCGCUGGACGUGGACCGGGCGGUUCUGCACAGGAUGAAGAAGUCCGUGAAGGCCAUCGGCAUCUCCGGGCUGGCUCACGUGGAGAACGAGGAGCAGUACACCCAGGCGCUGGAGAAGUUCGGCGGCAACUGCGUGUGCAGGGACGACCCGGACCUGGGGAGCGCCUUCCUCAAGUUCUCGGUGUUCACCAAGGAGCUGACGGCGCUCUUCAAGAACCUGAUUCAGAACAUGAACAACAUCAUCUCCUUCCCCCUGGACAGUCUGCUGAAGGGGGACCUGAAAGGAGUCAAAGGGGAUCUGAAGAAGCCUUUCGACAAAGCCUGGAAGGACUACGAAACCAAAAUAACGAAGAUCGAGAAGGAGAAGAGGGAGCACGCCAGGCUGCACGGCAUGAUCCGCACCGAGGUCAGCGGGGCCGAGAUCGCCGAGGAGAUGGAGAAGGAGCGGCGCCUCUUCCAGCUGCAGAUGUGCGAGUAUCUGCUGAAGGUCAAUGAAAUUAAGAUAAAAAAGGGAGUGGAUUUACUUCAGAAUCUGAUCAAGUACUUCCACGCCCAAUGCAAUUUCUUCCAGGAUGGGCUGAAAGCCGUCGAAAACCUCAAGCCUUCCAUCGAAACGCUUUCGACGGAUCUUCACACCAUCAAACAGGCCCAGGACGAGGAGCGCAGGCAGCUGGUGCAGCUCCGGGACAUUCUGAAGUCGGCGCUGCAGGUGGAGCAGAAGGAGGACGCGCAGCUCCGCCAGAGCGCCGCCUACAGCCUGCACCAGCCCCAGGGGAACAAGGAGCACGGCACGGAGCGCAGCGGCAGCCUCUACAAGAAGAGCGACGGGAUCCGGAAGGUGUGGCAGAAAAGGAAGUGUUCGGUGAAAAACGGCUUCCUGACCAUAUCGCACGGAACCGCGAACCGGCCUCCCGCGAAGCUCAACCUGCUGACGUGCCAAGUGAAGACCAACCCCGAGGAGAAGAAGUGCUUCGACCUCAUUUCACAUGACCGGACGUACCACUUCCAAGCUGAGGACGAGCAGGAGUGCCAGGUGUGGAUGUCGGUGCUGCAGAACAGCAAGGAGGAGGCCCUGAACAACGCCUUCAAGGGGGACGACAGCACCGGGGAGAACAACAUCGUCCAGGAGCUGACGAAGGAGAUCAUCUCCGAGGUCCAGCGGAUGACGGGCAACGACGUGUGCUGUGACUGCGGGGCGCCAGGCCCCACGUGGCUCUCCACCAACCUGGGCGUCCUGACCUGCAUCGAGUGCUCCGGGAUCCACCGGGAGCUGGGCGUGCACUACUCCAGGAUGCAGUCCCUGACCUUGGACGUGCUCGGGACGUCCGAGCUGCUGCUCGCCAAGAACAUCGGGAACGCGGGCUUCAACGAGAUCAUGGAGGGCUGCCUUCCCGCCGAGGACUCGGUCAAGCCCACCCCGGGCAGCGACAUGCACGCCAGGAAGGACUACAUCACGGCCAAGUACAUCGAGAGGAAGUACGCGCGGAAGAGGCACGCGGACGCCGCGGCCAAGCUGCACAGCCUGGGCGAGGCCGUCAAGACGAGGGACAUCUUCGGGCUGCUCCAGGCCUACGCCGACGGCGUGGACCUGACGGAGAGAAUCCCGCUGGCCAACGGACACGAGCCGGAUGAGACCGCCCUGCACCUCGCCGUCCGAUCGGUGGACCGGACUUCUCUGCACAUCGUGGACUUCCUGGUUCAGAACAGCGGGAACCUGGACAAGCAGACGGGAAAGGGCAGCACGGCCCUGCACUACUGCUGCCUGACCGACAACGCUGAGUGCCUCAAGCUCCUCCUGCGGGGGAAGGCCUCCAUCGAGAUAGCGAACGAGUCGGGAGAGACGCCGCUGGACAUCGCCAAGCGCCUGCGGCACGAGCACUGUGAGGAGCUGCUGACCCAGGCCCUGUCCGGAAGGUUCAACUCCCACGUGCACGUCGAGUACGAGUGGCGGCUGCUGCACGAAGACCUGGACGAGAGUGACGACGACGUGGACGAGAAGCUGCAGCCCAGCCCCAGUCGGCGAGAGGACCGGCCGGUCAGCUUCUACCAGCUGGGGCCCGGCGCGGCCUCCCUGGCCCGAGACGCCGCCGGCCUGGCCAAGGACAAGCAGCGGGGCUUCGCGCCCAGCGUCCUGCAGAACGAGACGUACGGGGCCGUCCUGAGCGGCAGCCCGGCACCCGCCCUGCCUGCGGCCCCCAGCACGACCAGCGCCCCCCCGCUGCCCCCGCGGAACCUGGCCAAAGCUCAGACAGCCUCCUCCGCUCACGCCCCGUGGAAGACGAGCUCUGUGAGCGUGGACGGUGUGAGCCGGCAGCGGUCUUCGUCCGAUCCGCCGGCUGUCCACCCGCCGCUGCCCCCUCUCCGCGUGACAUCGACCAAUCCCCUGGCCCCCACGCCGCCCGCUCCCACAGCCAAGACGCCGGGUGUGAUGGAAGCCUUGAGCCAGCAGAACAAGCCGGCCCAGCCUGGGGCCCCCCUGGGCAAAGCCGCUCCCCCGCCCCUGCCGCCCCAGCCGCCCAGCCGCCUCCCUCAGAAGAGGCCUGCUCCCGGGACCGACAAGUCGACCCCACUGGUCAGCAAAGGCCAGCCGAGAGGACCUGAUGCCCUGGGCCCUCUGCCCAGCACCUCGGCCCUGCAGCCCCCCGCGCCCAUGCCCAGGAAGUCCCAGAUGACCAAGCUGAAGCCCAAGCGGGUCAAAGCCCUCUACAACUGCGUGGCCGACAACCCGGACGAGCUGACCUUCUCUGAGGGCGACGUGAUCAUCGUGGACGGGGAGGAGGACCAGGAGUGGUGGAUCGGCCACAUUGAUGGGGACCCCGGCCGCAAAGGGGCCUUUCCCGUGUCGUUUGUGCACUUUAUCUCCGACUGAACUGCUGCUGAACCGAAGCCACAGGUCUGCUCCUGCGUGGUCGCCGGCGCCCCGGCCGGACAGCCCGCCGCCGCGUGAAGUGCGCGGGCGAGCCGCGGCCCCUGACGCCCCUGUCUUGUCUUUAAAACUCAGAGGCGACGUAUGGAUACACGUGAAUCGGUUUUAUAAUUUGUGAUUUUCAUGAAACAUCGCUAUCUGCUUUUGUUGGGAAAAAUGGAAUUGCCUGAAAGGUGAACUGAAGAGGCAUGUGAACCACGUCACUGAGGCCCUGGGUCUCCAGGACCAGCCGACCCUGAACACGCUUGCGCUCAGGAAGAUGGUCCUUCCCGCCCUCCCUGGCCCGUCCCUGGGGUCCGGGGCCUGGAGCGUAACAACUGUUUAGGACGCCAGUAAACUAAAUGCCACCAGUUCACCUUUAUAGAUGUCUUUUUUUCUCUAAAAAAAAAGGGGGUUUUAAGAUUUCCUUUGAACGCCACCCAGUGCUUACUUAAAGCCACUUGGAAACUGACCCGCGAGCCCUGUCCUUCCCGACCGUGGUCCCCGAGGUGGUAGCUGUCGUCCUCGUGUUCUGCGUGUGCGUGUGAGCUGUGGUGCAAGCCCCGCCUCCCAAACUACCGGUCGGUCGUCACGGCACACGGCAGCCACAGUCCAUCCCGUCCCAGGUCCCCCAAAACCCCGUUUCCUGGGUGCGGUUAAAAACUGAGGGUGAAGGGGGUGGCCAAGGCGCUCUCUCGCGAAGCUCCCGUGUUCCGGAGAUCGCUGCCUCGCGCUCCUUUCGUCACACGGACCCCCGCGGUCCCCACCUGCCGCCUCCCCCCGAGUGUGCCGCCUCCCCUCUCUCGCUCCCGAGAGCGUUUGCUCAGCUCGGCGUCCUGUGUCCGUGGUAACACCCCCACGGGAACGGUAGCCACACUGUCUGUCUGGAGAUGUAACCCGUCCCUCCCCUCGCAGUCAGGAGCGUUUUGGAGGUCUGUAGGUCCCGGGCGAUGAAACGCUCCGAACACGUAUUUCACUAUGGAAGCCAUCGUAUCGUGCUCUAGCUUAGGCUACUGGGGCUCGGGGGUCGGGUCGUGUAGGAUAAAAACCAAAAUUCAUCAGGUUAAUGCACUUGAGUGUCAUAACCUCUACUCGGCCGUAGUGAGCGGAAGGUCUUAGGAGGGACGUGGGCGAGCGUGGCGCUCCGAGGAGGAGCAGGCGCGUGGACACGCCCACGUGGGUUCUCCCCAGGCGCGGAGGAGUCGGUCUGAGUGCGGGCCCGGGAAGCGGGGGGCAGCGCUUCGGCUGCCGUGGGGCACUGCCUGGGUGGGGGCGGCCGGUCUCUGUCACGCAAGACUCUCCUUCUGUCGUUGUCGUCGUCGUUUUCACGCGCAGUGUGCUUUUUGUUGCUACGACAAAAGAGGACAGAACUGGAAUGUUUUACGAUGUCGUACGGCAGGUGCUCCUUGCCUUUUCGAAACCCCGGGUAAAAUGUGUCAGGGGGCGUAGUCUUUUUUUUAAAGCACUACAUUAACUGUUCGGUUCUGAUGUUUGAACCCUCCAUUGAGUUAAUUCCCUCAUGGACCUGGGGAAGGAAACACGGAUUUUGCACAGUGCACGGCUGUGCACUUUAACACAACCCCCCGCGUCGGAGUCCACCACCAGCCCCUGGACGCCCGGGCGCCGGCUGUGUGCGGACUUGAAGUCAGUGCAUGCCGACGUCUGAACUCCAGCCCCCCACUAACCCGUCGGGUUCCCCGGUACAGGGGCGUCCAGGAAGCGGUUUUCCAACCUACAGUUUGGUGGUGCUACUGCGCAGUCAUUAAUGUGACUUGCCAGAGGAGAAAUUAUAGUGACUUCCCUGCUAAUACCCUUUCCUGGUUAUUUGCUCUUUGCAAAUUAAAAAAAAAAUACACACACACACAAAGGAAACCAUUGUAGAUAUCUAUUUAUAUUUUGUUUAUGUUUCACGAACUGAGCUGCAGGAUUCCGGCACCUCGCGUGCCGCUCCCAUCGGGUCAGGCCCCCGGGAACGAGGACUCGGAGAGGUGGAGACUGGUGGUGACCGGUCCGCAGAGGGGGGGCAGGGCGGGGCGCGGCCGGAAGUGCUCCUGGAGGUGUAGGACACUCACUCCUCCACGCGACUGCUCGGGCCUCGUGGCAGUGCCACUGUACAUACUGUAUAACCUAAAUCAAUCCUUAUUUUCAUUGUCCUCACGCAGUGAUUUAUAAUUAGAGAGCAUGUUUAAUAAAUUUACUCUUGUCAACUAGUCAUUUGACUAGAAAAAAAAUAAAAUACUUUUAAACGGA